CAACGCAGUCGCUAGCACACAAAAACGGAGCAUUAUCUGCAGGAUAGAAUGGCGGAAAUCCGUGCAAUGGAACAUCCAUCGCUUAAGGUGCCGUACGAAAUUCUAAACAAGCGCUUCCGAAUCGCGCAAAAAACGUUGGACCGCGAACUGAGCCAAAUACAGAAUGUGGCCUCCGAGUUGGAGAAGGGCCUGACGGAAGGUUCCGACAGUACGGAGAUAUCCCGUCUCCUGGGCGGGGUAGUCGAACGUCUCCAGGUUCUAAAGCGCAAAGCGGAAGAAAGCAUUUCGGAGGAACUGUCGGCCGGAUACGUUUGUAAACGGCGGUUGGAGCAUCUGAAGCAGAACGUGAAUCCUCCGGUUGAUGAAACAACGCUCGAACUGCAAGCAGCCGCCACAAACCAGUGGAAAAAGAUCCGUCUCGAUCGGAUGAUUGUGGAGCACUUUCUGCGCCUCGGAUACUACGACACUGCGGAAAGGUUGGCCGAACGAAGCGGCAUCCGUGACCUUACCAAUCUGGACAUCUUCCAAGUGACACGCGAGGUCGAACGGGAUCUGGUGAACCGCUGCACGCUCAAGUGCAUUGCCUGGUGCAACGAUAACAAGUCGAAGCUGAAGAAAAUAAACUCCACGAUCGAAUUUCAACUGCGCGUACAAGAGUUCGUGGAGCUGAUCCGCGAAGACAAGCGCCUGUUGGCGGUGCGUCACGCCCAAAAGUAUUUCCCCGCGUUCGAACACGAACAGCUAAAGGAGAUUCGCCAGUGUAUGGCGCUGCUCGCCUUCCCGGUGAGCACCGAAAUCGAACCGUACAAAACGCUGUUUGAUCCACAGCGCUGGCACGAUCUUGUGCUGCACUUCCGGCUGGAGAAUUAUCGGCUGUUCCAGCUGCCGGCCCAGUCGGUGCUGAGCGUGGCGGUGCAGGCCGGCAUUUCAGCCCUCAAAACACCGCAGUGUUAUUCGUACACAUCGAAAAACAUGAACUGCCCCGUGUGCCAGGAGAAUGUGAACGAGAUAGCGGAAAACUUGCCCUUUUCGCACUGUGCCCAGAGCCGUCUGAUUUGCCGAAUCACUGGCAAACCGUUGAACGAACACAACCUACCGAUGAUGCUGCCGAACGGGCAAAUCUUUGGCCAGCAAGCGAUCGAACAGAUGCGUCGCGAGAACGACGUGCUGGUUUGUCCGAAAACAAACGAAACGUUCCGCUCGCCAAAGAUCGAGAAGGUGUUUGUGAUGUAGUAGCAUCGCCGGUACAUC